CCGGGUCGCGGCGGGACCCACGCACCGCCAAGUGCUCGCCGCUCGCAGUUCUCCACUAGCGGCCCGGCCAGUCCCACGCCACGGAGGCCCGGGAUCGGCCAUCAGCUGCCCGCCGGUCCGGAGGAUGCGCUCUGCGGCGCUGGCCUGCGCUCGCCACUCACACGCCCCCUGCGCGCAGAGCUCGUCCGCAACCGCCGGCCCUCGCGAGCCGGGCCCGGCCUUCGUCCGGCGCCCGACCGCUCGGCCACCGCCCGGGCACCGCGCCGCCGCCGCCGCCGCCCUCCGUCUGGCCGGCUCCCGUCCUCCCCGCCACAUCCUGACCCGCCCGCCGCCCCCUUUCUUACCGGCGUGCAGGCUUCGCGGGGCUGAGGGAGCUGACUCGGAUCGGCGGCCUGCCCCGCGCCCGGGCCCGCGGUCUCCGUCGCCGAGUGUGUCCUCGGGCUCCGGGCGUCUCGGGCUCCAACGGCGAGAGCAGCUCGAGCGAGAAGUAACGAACUGUCGUCGUCUCCGCGGCCACGCGCGCGCUCCCGCUCCCGCCGCUUAUCGGCUCCGGGCAGCCGCCAUGACGCCAAGAAAGCGAACACAACCGUAGCCGCCGCAGCCGCCGCCGCCACCGAGGUCGCCGUCGCCUCCGCCUCCUGCUCGACGUAAGCUCCUCUACUCACUCCCCUUCCCCACUGAGCGCGGGGCGGGAGAGAGGGCGCGCGGACGGUGGGCGGGACUACAUUGUGGACUCGUGGGGUGUAAGAAGAAAGCGAUUGGUGCCGAGGCGGGGCGGAGAGCGAGUGCGCGCGCACUUAUGGGAGCGCGCACGCAGGCCGUGCGGAGGCCGCCGGCCUCUGGCCACAGCUGUGGGCUGCUGAAUCCUUGCUCCUGCGCCCUCCCUUAGAGGCUGGGAGUUGAAUUCCGGGAAGUGGGAGCUGCAGGCUCGCUCCGUACGGGUAUGGACGCUACUGUCACUGAACCGUUGCGCAAGGACGUCGCUGCGGAGAGGCUGAGAAGGAACGGAGAAAGCGAGGGCUGGAGACAGUCUGAAGCCUAUAUGAUGGGCUCGGGAUGCUGCGGCAGGGCUACACUGGAUAAACCGAGAGAGCCGGGUCGUGCGUGGGGUCCGGUCACGCAGGCUUGCGCCCGCAUCUCCCUCGGGCCUCUGGCCUCGUCUGAUCCAGAGGGCCGGUGAAGGGGCUGCUGCGUCACACCAGGCAGCCUUGGAACCCAAUUGUUGGGCAACUGUGGUCACUUCCCGCCGCCUCCUACGCCUAGGAGACCUGUGGUAGAGGCUCCCUCGGUGGGGGCGGGGCAUCUGAGGAGACAGAAACAUAGAGACCGGGUUGUUGACAUCCUGUGACGUUUCUUCAUUUGUGGGUAACCCCUGGCUGGUUAAGAAAAAAAAAAAAAACUUUCUAGGUCCUUCCCUGAAGGGCGGGGUGGAGGGUGCGGUGCCGAAUCGCAACAACAAAAAAAGCAAGUCGACGGACGUUAGUAACUGUUUCAGUUUAGCGUACCGCAAUUUAGUUGACUUUUUUUUAUAACUGUAACUACGGGCCUCAGUUACAACCUUUCUGUGCGUUAAGGAAACACUAUUUUCAAGCAUGCUGGUGACACGCUGCGCUCAUUAUGAAAGCAUUUUUUUAAUCAAAAUUCUUUAACACUUCAUUAUCUUUCUGGGCCACAGAUUAGUCUUGAAUCACUCGAGGUUAAUGUUAAUAGUCAUUUUUUUAAAUUUUCUACUCCCAUUCUUGAGUUAUUUGGUGUAAAGGCCCACUUUCCAGGUCAAGUUAGUCGGGGUAGCUGCAUCCCCAAAAUAAUUAUUUUCGCAUGGGGGAGAUAUUAAGGGCUUAGUUUAGGAACUGUUGAAACAGUUUGGUUCAAAGCCUUUAAGAAGAUCUCAAAACAUAACGUCAAAUAUGUGUUUGUUAUGUGGUAAGAUGUAUGUCCCCUUGAAUAGAGGAAAGCAAACAGAUACACGUGGUCCACUUAAAAAAAUAGUGGGAUCUGUGAAUAGUGAAACAAAAUGGAACACUACCAUAGUUUGCAAAGUGAUCUGUGCUUAGCCUCUUUUUUUUUCUUUCCUUUUUCUGUUGUUAAUCAUUAGCUAUAAGGCUGGGUUGUGAGGAAUAACAAGAUCAUACAAAUCUCCAUUUCGGAAGACCCUCUAAAAGUAGGUGUGCUAAGUGCUAACUUUUAAUACUAGGCUUUAAAAAUAUACUAAAGGUGCCUUAAUGAUCGGAACUUUCUGCACUUCCAGUUAAUUUCUUUCUUGGAUUAUUGGAGUAGUAAGUAAAAAAUAAAAACCCCAGAAAAACAGUAACCACGGUAGAGAGAGUUUUGUAGUCCAUAGUAUGAUUCAGAUAGUAAAGUCUUCAAAUGUAACUAUAUUAUAUUUUAUCAUUAUCUUACAAAAAAAGAUUUACUAUAUGGACUUAAUCCAUUUUAUAUGUUUUCUGAAAGCACAUGUCAGACUUUUUUAAACUACUAAUUUGCCAUUUGGAUGUGAUGUGUUGAAUAUAAAUGCUGUACUUUUUUUUUUAAUUUUUAAUAUUGAACCUUGGAUAUUUAUAUUUCUGGUAAAGUCAUAAAAUCACAGAAUUUUAUAAUGACUGGAGAAUGUGAUGAAAUACAAGGUAAGUAGAAAAUUGAAACAAUCUUGCUGGUUGAGUUUUUAAAAAGUUACUGGAUAAAUGAAGUAAAAGUAAAAACCAUUUGUUAUCUGCACAGUUAAAUUUUCAGUUUGACCUUGUUUAAAUAAACUUUCUACUUAUUGAUAUUAAAAACAAUAGCUGAUAAUCUCAACACAUGACUAGCAAAAAUCCCUGAAAAUUAGUAUCAACCAGAAAGUCUUUACUACAGUCUAAUUUCCCACUUGGGGCAUUUCAUAGUCUUUGUAAAGAAUAUUACUUUUACCAAAUCUAGGACAACACUUUGUGGAUACUUAAUUCUGAUAGGCUCUACUAGGGCUUGUUACAUAUUGGUAUUUUUCAAUAGGGAUAGAUGGAGAACCACUUACCCAGAAUUGUGAGAUGUGUAACAUAAAGACAGUAACUCUUGCUCUGUUCCUAUUUGAAUUCUAAGAAAGGAUUCUAAUUCCAUAAUGAUCUUUAUUGACUAGAGGAUUUGUAUGCUAGAACUGCUAAAACAGGACAGUAUUAAAAUAUCCUAGAAUCUCAACCUAUGACAUCAUCCCCCAGGUCCUUGCCAAACAGAGGAAGAGCUUUCUAAAUAUGAUCCUUAAGUUUACAAAGUCCUCUAUAAAUAGAAACCAUGAACUCAUAAGUUACCUUACAGUGAACAUUUACUUCACAUUUUUUGGUUUUCUGAAUAAAAAAUUAGAGGAGCUGUGGUUUGGCAGGAGACAGUCUCCUAGAAAAUUUUUCCUUAAUUACGUAUGUCUGACACUUCCAUUCCUCCCCUCCUGAUAGGCAGAAUUUCUAGGUUCAAGGUAGUGUUUGGAGAAAAUUCCUAGAUUGUUCCGAUACCACCAACAGCUCAUCCACCUUGUUAAUGGCCACUGUGGGGAUUUUUACUGAUAAAUUCAUUUACAUUAAGUUAAAUUUCAAAUGGAAAGUUCUUAGAAAUGAUACUAAGGCAACUGUAUAAAAUCUAAUAGAAAUUGAAGUAGAUACAAAGAUUCUGCUUCGUCUACUGACAUAAUUAGGUGUGUACACAGAAUAAGAAAAGGUUUGUAGGUAUCCUCAAAAUACCAAAUUGGUACAUUGAUGCUAUAUCAUUCCUCUUUCCCAAAUCCUUUAUUUACUUGUCCAUUUUAGCUCAAAAUGUUGUCUUAACCCUUUCUUCUUAAUCCCUACUACUUUCAUUAUUUAGCCCCUAUGUUCUGUACAUCUUUUCCUCCAGCUUACCCUUCAGACUUGAAAUCUAAUGAAAUCACUUCCCUGCUUUAAAAUACAUCUAUUUACAUAUAUAUAUUUGCAAAUGUAGUAUUUUGAUUAGUCUUUCCACAGUCUGACCUCAGCAUGGCCUUCCAUAAUUCUAGCAGACACUUGGCACUCUAGCCGCACAUUUCUUCAGGUCACUGGAAAGGUAUCUCAUUGUAAAUGAAUAUAGUCCAUCUAUCUUAUGAAUCAGUCUCUUGUAGGUUUAAGUAAAUUUUCAAGAACUCUUGAGUGCCCUGACAAAAUAGUACUUAUACACUGAGACCUGUCACGCAGCUCUCUCACCUCCCUUUAAGGACAUCAAAUCAUGUAUUCUGUAUGUGCAGCAUAUCACUGUAUUGUGAUAAAGCAUUUGUUUCCAUACUACAUUGUAAGCCCUGGAGUGUAGACUCUUUGUGUCCCCAGUGCAGUAUGUUGAUAUUCACGCAAUAUAUUGCAUUCCAGACAUUAUGUUGGGCCAGGGGGAGAGGGAUUAUAAUAGAGCAAAAACAGACACUUUCAAGAGUUAAAGUCCAGUACAGGAAACAAUGAUAUUGCAAAACCAUAGCAGAAAAAUGCUAUUAAGGAGCAUAAAGUGCUAUGAAAACUCAAUGGAGAACCCUAGUUAGAAAAGUCUCUCCAAGGGAAGUGACACGAUCUGAGAACUGAAAAGUUAGUAUGAAUUAGAUAAGUAACUGAAGAGCUGCUUUUCCAGACAAAAUAAUAUGGGCAGAAAAUCUGGGGCCAGGGAGAUGCGUCAUUUAACAUCUCAGCCAGGGAUAAGCUUUCUUUUUUUACUUUGAGAAAUAUCCCAGUUUGGAUGAAAUAUUACAUUGUCAUUCUAUAAGCAACAACUUGAAGCGCAGUACUGCUAGAGCAGACGAAACUGAGGGAGAUGAAGCUGCAGUGGGGCCAGGCCAUUCAGGGCUCACAGGCCAAUAAAAAAGUAGGUUUUUAUCUUUAGAGUAAAAGAAAACCUUUGAAAGAUUUAAAAUUGGGUAGUACCCAUGGGAUUUGCAAAUUGAAACAUUUACCCUAGCUGUAAAUUCAAAAAAAGUGUUAAAGACAGAUCAAAGUAGACACAUAUUCUUAAACUAAUUAGGAGGUUAAGAGAUUAGAAAUAAUUUGAUGGGCCCAGAAUAGUUUUAUGGAAGUGGAGAGAGUAGAUUUGGAAGGAAAUGGCCAUAGAAUUUGUUAAUGCAAUUGGAUUCAGAGUUAGGAGGUGUAGGGAAGGUGUAUAUACUAUAGAAUGAAGUGAAACUAAAUGGUGAUGACAUCCACUUGAAUGGUGGUAAUAUGUUUGGAGAUGUGAAGGUAGAGAGAUCAUAAAUUUGGGACUUACUGAGUUUCUAUUGCCUUUGAAUCAUCUAAGAGGCUUUUGGAUAGCCGUCUGGAGCUAAGAAGGGAGAUCUAGAUGGAAAAUAAAAACUGUUAAGUGUGUAGAGAGAAAUUAAAGUCCUGAAUAUACACGAAAUAGAUUUCGAAGAUAGCCUAGGAGUGUGCAAUAAAGAACUUCAAUGUUUGGCUCGGUAGAGGAAGAUGAGCCAGAUAAGGAGUUGCAGGUAUCAGAGAGUGUUGUGCAAUGCAGGAUAAAGGCGUUAAGUGCUUCAAGGAAUGAAUGGUGAAGAGUGGACAGUGCUGUUGAGAUGCCAUAUGAAAUAGGACCAGAAUCAUAUCUACUAGAUUUAGUAACAUGAUGGUCAUGUGUUACUGUAGCAGAAACUAUUUUGUUAGAAUAACAGAGCCAGAAUCCAAAUUGUGGUGGAAUAUGAUAAAUGAAGAAAUGGAGUUAAUAAGUCUAAAUAUCUCUCAGGUUUGAUUUUGACUUGGGAGGUAAUAUGAAUUGUUUUGUGGUGGGAGUUGUGGAUUUUUAUUUGUUAGGUGAAAGACUUAAAGUGUUUAAAAGAUGAUGGAACAUGUCCUUUUGGGAGAAAAGUUGAAUGUAUUAGAGAAGAGUUAGCUACAUGAAUUAUCUGGAAGGAUUAAUACUUAUGCAGAAAAGGAAAUAAAUGAAUAUUUUAAAAGUCUGAUUUGGGAAAAUAAAUUUUUUAAAAUCAGGAACUGAUUAUUAGAUACCAAUGUUUAUAAUUAUGGUUAUAGGUGGUCACUUAAUUAAUGUGAUUUGAGAGUUUCUCUGAGCCUUCUACUCCCCAAAUAUAUGCCCCAUGCUCUACUAAUGUUUGAGAAAUUUUUGGUAAGUAUUUAUUUUAAGCAAAUAUUCCUGAGAAGGGUUAUAUGUUAGAAAGGUAAUUUUCUGCUGUGUCAAAAUUUUAAAUUGCCUUACAAGCUUUGCAGUAAAAAUAAUCAAGCUGUACCUCAGAGAUUCCAUUCCAUUAUUAUGAGGUGGGGCCUUGAUAUAAACAUUGUUCAAAAAAAUGGUCCCCUUUCCAAAAGAUUACUCUAAUGUGCUGUUGGUAUUGAAAAAUUAUGGAUAUUGUGUUAAUGCUGCAUUGAAUCAUAACAGAUGAAGUGUGGAAAGGCCAGGACACUUAUUUUGAAAAUAGUGGUUAUUAAUGGUGUGGGUGGGAGAUUUUGUCCUGCAAGGGACAUUUGGCAAAACCUGGAAACAUUUUUGGUUGUCACAAUGGAUGGUGUUGGUGGGAGCUGGUGCUGCUGACAUCUAGUGGGUAGAGGCCAUGGAUACAGCUCAAGGUCCUACAGGGCACUGGACAGGCCUCCAGAACAAAGAACCGUCUGGCCCCAAAUGGUGAUAAUGUCAUUUGCUGAGAAAUCCUACUGUAAAGAAUGGGAAGCUAAGUAGUAGGCUUUUUUUUGUUUGUUUAAAACUGUAUUUAUUUAUUGUGAAAAUAACACACAGAAAGGGGCAUAAAGCACAGAGAUACAGAUUAAUACAUUUUUUAAAGCAAAUGUAUUCAUGACAACAGCCUAAAUCAAGAAACAGAUCCUAAACACUCCCUCCUCACUCUCCACCAACAAAGCCUGGCACAUUCCCUUUCCAAUCAAAACCCCAGAAAGCUAACUACUAUCUUGACUUUUAUGACUUUUUAAUUUCUUACAUGUCUUUAUAGUUACACUACCCAAAUAUGCAUGACUAAAUAAUAUAAUUUUAUUGGUUUUGAACUUUAUGUAAAUGGAUACUAAAAUACAUAUUCUUUUGUGUCAGGCUUCUUUCAUCCAAUAUAUUUAUCUAUUUGUUAUUGAAAGUUUUGGGGGUUAUUUCCAGUUUUGAACUAAUGUGAAUAAUGCUGCUGCCAAACAUUCUUGAAUUUGUACUUUAUUUAUAUAUGCAUAUAGGCAUUUCUGUAGGGAAUCUACCAAGGAGUAGAACUCAUGGGUAUAAUAAGUUUGCUAGCAUUUGAGAACCAACACCUAAGCACUUAGUUUAGUUAGAAAACAUGAUGGAGUUAUGUUUUCUAUCAUAUCUUGUCUAUCUUAUCUUGUCAAAUCUUGUCAAAGACCUAAUAGGGCUAAGUUGUAUUUUUAAGUGCGAUCUUAACAGGUUAAAGUUGGUGUUCUGGUAAAGGUGCUAAUAAAUGAGGGUCUGCUCUACCUAACAAGUUAGCCUAAACUCACUCAUGCUUGUGACCAGCAAAAAAAAAGCCUCAAAUAAAAUAUAUUUGUAAAACUAAGAAAUGUGAUUAAUACAAUAGACUGAUUAUGUUAUUUUCUUUGUUAAAAAAGAAAUUAUGGUGCAACAAACUCUUAUUGCUGGUGGGUGUAUAAAUUGGUUACAGCCAUGUGAAAAUUGAAAAUUGAUAGGCCCCAUCUGUUAUAGCUGAACAUAGGUUUACCCUGUAACUCAGCAGUUUCCUGCCUGGAAUUCUCUUUGAUCCAAGGGAAAUGAAUGCAGAUGUCUACUAAAAGUCUUGUAUUAAAAUGUUCUUAGCAGUUUGAUUCUCAUUAUAGUAAACUGGAACAAGGUGAUGUAUAUUCAUACAAUGGACUACCAUCUAGCAGUAAUAAAGAAUAAACUGCUACACACAAUAACAUGGAUGGAUCUCAUAGGCAUUGUGUUGAGUGAAAUAUACACAAAAGAAUUCAUACUGCAUAAUUCCAUUUAUAUGAAAUUCAAGAACAAACAAAACUUAGGAUGACAGAAGUCAGGGUAAUAGUUAUCUCUCAGCAUGGUAUCUCGGCUCCUUAUUGACUUAUAAGGAGCAUAAGGGAGCCUUGUGAAAUGAUGGAAGUGUUCUGUCUUGAUCUAGAUGAUUGUUACAUGUUCAUAUACAUAUGAAAAAGUUUGACAAGCUCAACUUUUAAGUUCUGCGAACUUUACUGUAUAUAUGUUAUACCCCACUUUUUAAACAUUGAAAAUUAGGGGGAGAAAAACUAGGAAACCUAAUUCUGAACCACUUGAAGUCUUAUAUCUCAGGUGGUUGGUUAACUACAGGGCCAGCUACCUAAUAUGUUCUCAAAAAAUAUAAACAACUCUAAUGCAUUUGUUUAAUGAAAAUAAAUUUUGAGUUUGGAGUCA